CACCAUCCAGGCCAGGCCAGACUGCUUGGAAAACAAAUGUGAGCUCCUCAAGCCCUUUGGGAGAAUGCUUGCCAUCUGCAGCGGCUGCUGCCCCAAGCAGUGGCCCUAGAGUACAGGAAACUAGGACACCAUCAAAACGUGGAACCAUGGAAGGGCAUCGUGGCAAGGCCUCCACAUUUCUGAGGUGAUGGGAGGUGAGAGGCAGCAGCCCUAGUGGGGAGGUUCUGGGAAGGGAGCUUCCAUGAUUAUGGAUGGGGACAGGUUGGAGUGAUUAAGGCCUGGCGUAGACUCGGAACUGUACAGUUGGAAGGGACCCCCCAGGAGCCAUCUAGUCCAACCCCUACAAGGCAGGACUCGCCGCUAAAGAACAUAUGACAUUUUCACAAAGUUGAAUCCCUCACAGUUGUCUUUAGGUUAGAGGGUUAGAGUUAGAGAGUCGGGGUUAAGGGUCAAGGUGUUUGGGGCUUAUGAUUAGGUGCUAGAUUUGGGCUUUCAGUUAUUUCCAGGCUAUUAUUUCUAGGAAGCCACCCAGAUUGGCAGGGGCAACCCAGUCAGAUGCAUGGGGAAUGAAUUAAAUUGUUUGUUUGUUUGUUUGUUUGUUUGUUUCUACUUAUGGUGGCACCUGCCCACCUAGCAGUUCGAAAGCACCCCUAAGUGCAAGUAGAUAAAUAAGUACCGCUUUAUAGCGGGAAGGUAAACGGCAUUUCUGUGCGCUGCACUGGUGCUGGCUUGCCAGUUGCAGCUUUGUCACGCUGGCCACGUGACCCGGAAGUGUCUUCGGACGGUGCCGGCUCCCAACCUCUUGAGCGAGAUGAGCGCGCAACCCUAGAGUCAGUCACGACUGGCUCGUACGGGCAGGGGUACCUUUACCUUUACCAUGGUGGCAUAUCUUUCCAUCCACUGCUGCCAUCUGGUGGCACAAUUGUGUGCCUGCAGCCUCUUUCUCCCCAUUGCUGCCAUCUGGUGGCUUUGUAGUGUGCCUGCAAGCCUACUGCCAGUGUGGGUCCACCUGUCAUUGGCUCUGGCUCCACCUAUCAUUGGCCUCUCUGUCUUCGCCUUAUCAGUCUCAAUGGGCACCAGCUGCUAUUGAGCCCUGCUGAAUCCACUGUUGCUAAGUUAGUCUCUUAGCCACUAAGCUGCACACAAACACUUAGAAUCAUAGAAUCAUAGAGUUGGAAGAGACCACAAGGGCCAUCGAGUCCAACCCCCUGCCAAGCAGGAAACACCAUCAGAGCACUCCUGACAUAUGGUUGUCAAGCUUCUGCUUAAAGACCUCCAAAGAAGGAGAUUCCACCACACUGCUUGGCAGCAAAUUCCACUGUCGAACAGCUCUUACUGUCAGGAAGUUCUUCCUAAUGUUUAGGUGGAAUCUUCUUUCUUGUAGUUUGGAUCCAUUGCUCCGUGUCCGCUUCUCUGGAGCAGCAGAAAACAACCUUUCUCCCUCCUCUAUAUGACAUCCUUUUAUAUAUUAUACACACUUAUAAUACACACUUUGAUCCUGUGUGUGAAAUACUCAGAUUGACCUGAUCACACAAAAUGAGCUGAAAGAACUAUUAUAGAGCUGGCACUCUAUUGCAAUAGAGAUAUGAAACCCCUAAAGUGAAUUUCAUUCCUCCAGCUGACAGUGAUGAGGAAGGAAUUGGGGUGUGUGGGUGAACUAUAUUUUGUUGUGUGUCCACAGAGGAGACGGAGAGUGUCCCUGUGUGGUCCAACUGAAUAGCUCAAGUCAUGUGAAGUUGUGUGCUUCAUGCGAGCAUCCCUCUAUAACGUUGCUGCUCUCUGUAGUUGUGGCAAAAUGGUUGGACAUAAUAUUAUGUUUGCUGACUGGGAACAGUUAUGGACCACAGGUAUGAAGUUUAUGGCAUGUAAUGCCCUAAGAGAGAAUAUUAUGAAAAUGAUAUACAGGUGGUACAUGACCCCAGUCAAGCUUGCAAAAAUCUAUCAUUUGCCCGACAAUAAAUGCUGGAAAUGUAAAGAAACUGAAGGUACAUUCUUUCACCUUUGGUGGACGUGCCCAAGGAUUAAGGCUUCUGGGAAAUGAUAUAUAAUGAACUGAAAAAGGUAUUUAAAUAUACCUUCUUGAAAAAAACAAGAGGCCUUUCUUCUGGGCAUUGUCGGCCAAUUGGUGCCAAAGAAGGACAGAACUUUUUUAUGUAUGCUACAACAGCAGCAAGAAUACUCAUUGCAAAGUAUUGGAAGACACAAGAUCUACCCACUUUGGAAGAAUGGCAGAUGAAGGUGAUGGACUAUAUGGAAUUGGCAGAAAUGACUGGCAGAAUCCGAGACCAGGGAGAAGAGUCGGUGGAAGAAGAUUGGAAGAAAUUUAAAGACUAUUUACAGAAAUAUUGUAAAAUUAAUGAAUGAUAGAAUGAUGUUGGAUAGUAAUUAAGCGGUUUCCAGCUGUAAUGCUCUAAGAGAAUAUGAAAAAAAAGGGUUAUAAAUGGGUUAAAAUCUAAUGGCAAGGAUUUGCUGAACGAAUAAAUUGAAGUGGAAUACAAAAAAGGGAGGUACGAGGAGGUCUGGGAAACAAGCUAAAGGAAAAUAAGUAAUAGAAAAUAUGUGUGUUUUUAACUGUUUUUAUUUUGUAUUUUUCUUUUUUCUUUUUCAUUUUCACUGUAAUAUUUCAAAAAACCUUAAUAAAUAUCUUAUAAAAAAACAAAAUGGGCAUGAAUUGCACAGAGGUCUCUGUGGGAGACCGAUGCAUGGAAUCGGUGGUACUCUUUGUGUGGGCAACUUCCACCAUGGUUCUCUCAAUGGCAACGCUGACAGGCCUGCUCUGCUGAACAAACAGUCUUUAGUAACUUUGCCAUAAUAAAGUUGAGUCCCUGCUAUACCGAUCGGUGUUUUAUUACAAGGCUCCCAUUAAUUCAGUGUUGCUUGCCUGGUCUUUUCCCCCUAGGCCGACCACGGUCUUCUUGGCCUACAGUUGCCUCAAGGGCAGAGGAGGACGACGAUGACAACGGCGACAAUGACAAUGACAAAACCAUACUGUCCAAGGAGCAGAUCGAGGACCUCAAAAGGGCCUUUGAGAAAGGGAGUUUUUCUGACCUAUCCGAGAGGCUCCAAGACGCUCUUCACUUCCUGGAGAACAUCUGCCUGGAUGUGGGUGUCGCUGGUGAACCUGGAGCAGGCAAGUCCACCUUCAUCAACACCUUCCGGGAUCUGCACGAGGAGGAUGAGGGUGCUGCUCCUACCGGUGGGGCGGGCGCCAGUAAGGACCCUGUGGCUUAUUCACACCCCAAGUACACCAACGUGGUUCUGUGGGACCUGCCAAGCAUCAGUGCUCCUGGUUUCAGCGUGAGAACUUACCUGGAGGAGAUCAAAGUCUCCCGCUAUGAUUGCUUCAUCAUCCUUGCCUCUCAGCGCUUCACCUCUGCCCACGCCAAACUAUCUCGUCACAUCAAGAAAGCUGGCAAGGACGUUUACUUUGUCCUCUCCAAGGUGGAUGCGGAGCUGGAAGCUGCCCGCCAGAGCCAACCGUCUGGCUUCAGCGAAGCGGUGGCCCUGCAGAAGAUCCGAGAGGCCUGUGUGCAAGACCUCCAGGCCGAGCGAGUGAAAGCCCCCAAGGUAUUCCUGAUCUCCAGCGUUGUAGCCAGCAAGUACGACUUCCCCCUCCUUGGGGAGAGCCUCAGCGAGACCCAGGGUGUGCAGAAGAGCCACUCCUUCAUCUUAGCCACGCCCAACAUCUCCCACCGCAUCCUGGAGAAGAAGAAGGCCGCCAUGGUUGAGCACAUGUGGCUGGUCUCGGCAGUAGCCUGCGGCCAACAGGCUGUGCCCAUCCCGGCACUUUCGAUCGCAUGCAACGUGGACCUCCUGGCCAAGACCCUGCAGGGCUACUGCGUCAGCUUCGGCUUGGAUGAUUCCUCCUUAAGGAAAGCAGCUGAGCACACGGGGCAGCCUUUGGAGCAGCUCAAAGCCCUGGUCAAGUCACCGCUGGCUGUGGCCAUCACCGAGGAGCAAGUGGUGGAGCUGCUGAUGGAGGCAGCCAGCAAAGCGCUGAAGCUGCCCAGAGACCUGGUGCCAGUGGCUGAGGUGGGCCCGUCGUUCACCGUGGUGUACAAUAUGCUGAAGAUUUUUGUGGACGAGGCGGCGGCAGAUGCCCACCGGGUGCUGCUCAAAGUGUUUAUGAGCCACAGGCCUCGAAGUGAGUCAGACCAACAUGUUGUGAGCCCUGGAGGCAGCAGAGGGAUCUUCUCACCCACGGACACAGAAACAUAAUGUCUAGAGCAGAGAAAGAAAGCUCAUGGCCCAAACACUCAAGUAUUCCCUGUUUCUGUGGCUUCUUCUUGCAGAAGGUUCCUCUCCCAGAAGGUUCCUGCUCUUGCUUGAGAUGGUUAAAGCAGGAGCGACUCCCUCCCUCUCAGAAACAGACAGAAAUACGUUAUUAUGUCUCAGCCCGAAAUGAAUAAGGCAACCAGGGCCACAUUCACGCCAGACAUUUAGAGUACGCUGAUACCACUUUAAACCAUCAUGGCUUCCCCUAAAGAAUUCUGGGAGCUGUAGCUUGGUCAGGGUUCUGAGGUUUUUAGGAGGCCCCUAGUUCCACAGACUGGUGUUUGUUUUGAUUCAGAGGUAAAAAGUGGGUUUUCCUGUGGAAAGUGGUGGGACAAAAGAAAUACCCCACUCCUGGCUUGAUCCCGUGCUCACACAUCACAAACCUGUGCCUAGAAAUGGAGGCACAAAAUGGAAGUGUGAAUUAGCACCCAUGCUCCUCCAGCACCUUUUAAAAAGGUGCCACCCAGGAAAUUGCAGUGCUUGUUUUCAGAAAUUGGGUGUUCUGUUCAAAUUACCUAUACUGAUCCCUUUUUACUCAUCAGCCUCUGUUUUGGUGUCUAUUUUCCUCUUAAGAUGAUGAAGUACACCGCCUUCACCAUUAUUAAUUUUCCAAUUCAGAGCAAAGGGGUUGCUAGAAACCAGAGAAGUGUUGAAAGUGGUAAACACUGGAAAUUGGCGGAUAGCAAGGAAGAAAUAGAAUUAAGAACCCCAAAAAUUAGAAAGCAGAGGAGAAAAGAUAUAAAUGUAAUUAAAUUUACAAGGAGUAGAAUACAUCUCAGGAAUUCUAAAAACCUUUUAGAGGACAGCAUUGAGCAAAUGAUCAGCCCUCCUCCUUGACUGACUUCAAGAAAGAGGUUGACAGUAUUUGUAUAACCUCGGUAUUUGAAGUUAACCCUCAGUGAUGGUUAACUUUCCCACCGCUUCUUAAACAUACAGUGAAUGUCAGGCCUCAAACUGUGUACCUCAUGCUUUAGAUACCCCAGAGUCCUUAUUCCUCACUCUCUUGGGCCCCCCCAAAAAGGUUAAAGAAAAAACACACCUGGAUGUACAUUUCCAAAAUAUAAGAUAAAAAACAAAUAAAAUAAAACCUACAUACAGCAACAGUGUUUCGUGUUGUGUAGGCUCCUAUGAUGUAAGUAAUGGGCCCCGUCUGCUAGCCUACUCCCUAAAAUAUCACUGGUUUGCUCAUUUCUGUAUGCUGAUUGCUUACAUUCUGCAUGGACUGGUUACAUGGCAACAUGUGCAAAUAGCUUUAGAUACCUAUUAAGUCCAUAAAUUACCAUACAGCAUAUAUUCAACACAAAAAACAGUGACAAUUGGUUGUUGACAAAGGACAGCUGGACAUAUAAAGGGCCCCAUUACCUUCAGUAGCUUAGGGCUUCAUCAAACCUAAAUCCAGCCCUGAGGUGGACUGCACUGAAACUGGUACCCCUGAUGCCACGGCUCUUAAAAAUUCAUAUAGAAUAAUUCAUAGCCCACACUUUUCUUGGUUAUCUAUAGAAUCUGAAGGCGAGACGGGGUGUGUGUGUGUUAACCACUCCAGAUGUUUCAACUGCUAAAACUACUAGCCUUUUUAGCUAAUGAUCUCCAGGUAUGGGAAAAACUGGUCAGAACAAUAAGCACCCCCUGAUCUCUCCUAUGACCCUGAUCUGCAGUCGUCCUCAAUUACACAAGGUGGAUAGAUUUCUGUUAUGUACUGAAGUUCUCACCCUGGGCCAGCAGGGGGAUACUGUAGAUAGUUAUGCAAAUGAAGGAUCAAAAGUGACGUUCAGUGAUUGGAUAGUUUUAGAACGUUGCUACAGUAACGUUGUACUGGAGCUCUAUAUAAGCAGGC